AUGAGUUCAGUGGUACAGUCUAAAAGACUAGGAUACACGAAACAGAAUAGUUUGGAUAAGACCAAGUCUUCGUGCUCCAGCGGGUCUCUGUCUUCGUCAGACAAUCUAUCAAACAGUAUGGAGGCUUCGGAUGGGAGCCAUCGAGGAAAGAGUGUCAAACAGUCGCAAAGUACAGCCGGAAAUGCAAAAUUACGGGAAAAGGAGCCUACCAAAAGGGUAGAAGCAUCUGAAGACGAUUUUCUUGCAUGGGUCAAUCCUCUGCCGAGUAAAGUACCCAGCUACAACUCUGUAAACCCAAACAGACGUGUGGCUUUCCCGGUGUAUGACGUGCAGGAUCCAGGGCUUCUCCCACCGUAUUCUCCAUCAGUAGAGGAAAUUACCUUAGUUUCAAUGAAAAUGGAAUGGUUGGACCCUUACAACAUUUCACCGUCUAGAGGAUGGAAAAAUUUUGUGAUGGAGAUAAACUCAACGCAGGUCAAUUUCUAUCACAUUGAUCCCUCCCUAACCAAGACCAUCAGAAAUUACUCGAACGGUAAAUCUAGCUUUGCAGGCGAGUCAAUAGACCCUGUUCUGGAAUACGAUAGCCAUCACUCGAUACUCAAUUCUCUGGGUUCAAAAAGCACUUAUCAAUUCAACAAAGCCGACCAAGAAUCUCUGGCAAACAAGAUUAAAAAGGAUAAAGUCAGGUUUUUGUCCAAUAAUAGACUAUUCAAAACUUAUUCGUUGCAGUUUGCAAAAUUUGGAAUUCCCACGGACUACAAUAGAAAGACGUUUGUUUUGCGUUUACGGUGUGAGACCGAUCAAUUUUUGCUUAGCUUCUCUCACGUAGACGACAUGAUUAUGUGGGCAAUGCAUCUGAGCAUUGGAAUUGGGCUUGCUCUUGACCUAGAUUUUAGAGAACUUCCCAGCUACAGAACUGUUCCACGCAGGCGCAGACGCAGAAGACGGAAAAGACAGGACGGCAUUAUCAACGGAGUUGAUGGUUUACGCAGGAUCACUUCAGAUAAAAAAAAGGGAUCAGUCUCUUCCAAUGGCUCUGGCUCUUCGCGAAGCGGAUUUUUGGAACCACAUUCUCCGCAAAAGAAGUCCGCAAGGACUCUUUCAUCAAGUUCGCACUCGAGUCAUGGCGAAGACCCUUACUUAUCAUCUUCCCAUUAUUCGCCGGGGAGUAGAAGAGGUAGUAACGACUCGAUCAAAUCAAAAUUAAAGAAUUUCUUCAACUCGGAUAAAAAAGCAUCUUCGCCUUCUUAUAGAAGUGCCUAUUUUCGCACUGUCAGUUCUACCGGACUAAACAGGGUGGUAGAAGACGAAGAAGAAGAUCCUGUACCACCCGCUGCUAGCUCUGCUUCAAAUUCUCCAUUAAAAGCGGCUGGUCCUGCUCGUCCCCGCUUAGAUCAGCGUUCUCAGUCGAUGGGACCGAUGGAUAACCACACAGAAGGCGAGGACUACUUUGGUUUCAUAAGCGCAUCCGCACCUGUAGACAAAGAUGGUACUGUUGCCACGCCUGGUUCCCCUGGAAGCAUAGCAUCGGUUGCCACUGGAGAGCUGCAAACGCAGCAUGGGUUCAAAAAUAACGUCGGUUUGCAGAAAGAUCUCGCCGAACUUCAUCAGAUCAUACGCGAACAUAAUGAAGAGGACGUAGCGAUUGAGGAAGAAGAUGAGGACGAAGAUGGUGAUGUUAUACCGUCGUUUACAGGUGACGACCGAGACGACGAGAUAGAUGAAGAUGACGACGAUAUUGAUAGCUUGCAUCGCAACCCGGCCACAACAACAUCCUCAAUCUACCAAGAAGAAGGGAUUUUCCAUGACAGCGAAGACGAUUAUUUGUAUGUUGUGGAUCGAGGCGACGCUUUCCGCCGACGUGCGUCUUCGGUGACAAGUAAUCUGAGUAGCACGCCCUAUGGCAGCGAAGGGGUCAAAUGGCACCCGCCUAGAAAAGAAAUGUCGAGGAGAAGGUAUAUUAGGGAUUCACUGAGAUGUAUCAAACCCCUUCCCAUUGACGAAGAAUGGAUGGGCAAAAUUAUAAUACGUGCUAUUCCUCCUCCGGCUUACGAGACGAAUAAUGCACCCGUCUCUGGAUUUAUAUUUGAUCAAGGCAUCAAAGGCAAACCCAAGGCUUCGAAGGUCAAAUCGUUGAGAAUUGAGAACGGCAUUAUCUUGAAUAAAUGCAAGAAUCAUUUCGUAAAGCCGUACGUCGUUGGUCCUACGGGACUAUUGAAGACCAAUGCAAGAUGUUAA